AUGUACCCUCCUCUGCGGCAGCUGAAUCGGGAGCCUUCGGCAUAUCCAUCAGAUGGCUGGGCCAGCAUCUAUGGUAGCAAUGCUCCUGUCGUGAAGAGACCGGAUCCAUUACCUCCUGUGGAGACGGCCUUCUUUUUCAAAGUGCUGGCAAAAGACCAGCAGCCAGUAUACACUCAGCCAGAUGAGAACAGCACCUGCAUCGGUCAUCGCUCGCAUGCAGAGGUGCUGCGAGUGGUUGAUUUCCGUGGCGCCUGGCUACGCCUUGCGCCGGACACUGAAGCACAGGUUGAGGAAAGGUGGGAGGGCUGGAUGCUGGCUGAAACCGCGGAGGAUACCUUGCUAGACGAGAUCGAAGAUCCAGACGAGCAUGAGAAGGAAUUUACGAAGGACCUGUUCAGGCGCAUCUGGAAAAUCAAUGACCACGUCACAACAAGGUUGCGCGACAGGACUGAACGUGCCAUGGAGUACCUCGGCGCUGGCCGUGUCCCACCGGGGAAGAAGGCACUUCUGCCAGAAGGCACGCGCUGUGUCAAUGCCUUCUGGGGUCUUGAGGCCCGAUGGAUUCCACUCGCAGACGGGGAGGAGUACUGGCCGCAAGGCUGCCUGACUUUGUCUGCUGGCUACCUGAAAUCCGGCUGGGAACAGCCUUCGGAGGAGGCAAGGAGUGGGCACUGGCGUGUCUUUGCAGCACGGCCUUUCGAGGCUCAUGAGCUUGUGGAGGUUUGUCCACUUGCAGAGGUUGAUCUGGAAACAUGCAUCGCUAGUUUCCAGUUGCGCAUGAACGUGGUGGAGACACCUGCAGACGAGGAUUCUUGUUUCACGGGCAAAACAGGACGGGUGAAGUCAUACGUGCCUUUGGGUUAUGGGAUGCUCUACCAGCAGUCCAUUGAGCUACCAGAUGUUCAGAUCAAUUGGACGCCUGUUACAAACUUCAACUGCAAAUUUGUUCCGGUUGGAAAUCACAUGUACAUCUACGCUGCUCGAAAGAUCCAGGCAGACGAAGAGCUCAUACUUGAGUACAAACGCUGCUUCCGGACGGACGAGGGCGAAUCGAUCAACUUUGAAGGCUUCACUCCGUACUGGUGCAGGCAGGAGCAUCCAGAAGCCUUCCGCAAGGCACUCACUUCACCGUGUGGGCCGCGAAAAGUCCGGCCGAUACCAGGGAGUGUCAAGUUUGGCAAGUCAAAGCUUCAUGGCCGCGGUGUGUUCGCAGAUGCUGCCUUCAAGCGUGGGGAGAUUGUUGAGAUGUGUCCUUGCCUGAUCAUUGACACGAAUGGGGCAGACUGCAUGCAGGAUCACUGUUUCCAGCUCCCUGAAGUGAAGAUUGAUGUGGAGGGUGGCAGCGUGCUGAAACGCCAGUCUCGCUACGUCCUUCCUUGUGGAUAUGGUGGCAUGUACAAUCAUUUGGAGCGUGGUCAAGGGGAAAAUGUGCAAUGGUUCUACGACGAGACCACGCAAUGUUGUGUUUGGGUGGCGCAUCCACAGGAGGGCCAGGAUGAAUUGCAGCGAAACGAGGAGCUGUGUUUCGAUUAUGGCGAGGCGUACUGGGAUGCCCCGCACCGGCGCUUCCAACGGCCUGCU